UGGUCAGCGACAUGGAAUCCCAUGGCGAUAGAGAUACAUACCAGUUUCGGCGAUGUUCGUGGCAAUCACAAUCUUCCGAGUGCCUUCAGGCGGCACAUUGAAGGCCUUCUCCUGGUCCUCGCUAGCAAUUGAGGAAUGCAAAGCAUGUAUGAUCCAAUUUCUUUGGAAGGUUGGCUCCCCAAGCAAAUCGUCGUUGAGCCGGCGAAUUUCCGCCAUACCGGGCAUGAACACCAGGAUGGCUUUGCUGUAAUGUGUCAUUUCAGGCGCAGUAGCGAUCUUGAUCAACAGUCGCUUGAUCAGUUGGUAGUCCAUGCGGUAUUCGUCGAAAUUCAAGACUGUCUCCCGGGUCUGCUUGGAAUAUCCUUCGAGCGUUGCCAGUGCGCCACCCGUCUGGUCUCCCUGGACGUUUUCCGGCGUCAUCUCGUCAACCUCGUCAUCGACAGUGGUGUUGGCAUCCUCUUCCGACAAGCGAUAGUUGGUCAUUUCGAUGGCAUCCUCCAAGUAUUUCAUCUCGACCGGGAAUGUCCGUCCCGGGAUGUUCAGCACAGGAACACCGCCAAGGUAAGUCGAGAAGCGCUGGGCGUCGAGAGUGGCGGACAUGAGAAUUAACUUCAAAUCAGGCCUCUUCUGCAUCAACCGCCGGAGGACAACGAGCAAGAAAUCGCUGUCGAUGGUCCGCUCGUGCACCUCA